AUUGAAAAGUGUUUGAAUACGUCUUUCGGUGGGACAGUACUUAAGUUUGUCCCUUGUUUUGUUACCUUCAGGAGAAUAUUAGUAUGUUUUUUCCGAUGGGGUUAUAGUCAGUGGAACCAAAUUGAAGGGGUUUACACGUAUCAAUCUACUUUUGGAUAUUUCGGACUGUUUAACGCAAUAGUUCAUUCAUUUUCCUUUUGACUUUCUAAUGAGACAAUAGCAUGGUUGAAGCCAAUUUUAAUCAAGAUAUCAAAACAAAACCGAAUUCCAGCGUUUGCAGUGUAAAUAUUUCUGGACUAGACACAAAAAUUCCUUCUACAUCCUUAGAACUACGUCGGAAAGUGAUUUGUUUGAUCCGUGAAGUGCUCAGCACUGUUCAGUCUUUCUAUCAUGAAGAUGUUGUCGAACUGAACUUUAUACAAAGUGGUUCUCUCUUGAUCGAGUUUUAUGAAUGGAGACGAAAGAAUACGCAAGAAUUAAUGCAGGCCCUGUGCUCUGGUCAUCUCGAUCCAGAGGAUCUCGCGCUAGUCAGUGAAUUCAUGUCCGGCCAUAUCUCAGGCGAUGUAGUUUUCCCGCCUAAUGGUUCGUUUAACCCUAGUUUACCACCGCAGCUAACACUGGAGCAUGACUCUGAAGACGACGACGAUGAGCGACGGUUAGAUGAAAACUCUCUCCUGAAAUGUGCAAUGGAAGAAGUGAACGUUUUUAAACGUGUGUUGGAACUUAAACGUGCUGGUUUAUGGUCAGCUGACGAUUCCUCCUGUGGGGCAGCAGGACCUGGCAACGACAACCCAACUAAUAUUUCUUUAGCUCCACCACCUGAGCCUACAUGUCGCACUUUUAGUGACUAUAUGUUUGCGGAAGUUAAUUGGUUGGCUGAGGAUUUCAAACGGGAACGUCAAUGGAAACGAGUUUCCGCAAAAAAGCUUGCGUUAACUGCAGUUAAAUGCCACCGAGACAAAAGUGAGCGAGCAACAAAGAUGGAAAAAGAGGAAGCUGUUCGGGUUCGGAAGACAUGCGCAUUUAUUGCAAGGAUGGUUCGCGACUGGUGGCGUCAAAUGGACAAGAUUGUUCAAGCCAAACAGCAGGUACGCCUGACAGCCAAACGUCAACAAGCUAUUUGUUCUCAUCUUGGUCAGGUGCUUGAAACUACUGAAGAAUAUACUCGUUGGUUGACCGAAGGGAUAACUACUUCUAAGCCUAAGCGAAAUGCUAGCAGUAUUAACUCAACUUCUAAUAGUAAUCAGAAGGAAAAAAUUUCAGUUAGUGAAAAUCACGAUUUGAAAUCUUAUUUAAAGCAACCAGAUGUCUCGGAUGAAGAAUUCGUUGCAGAUGAAAAAGCUCUUGCUGAAGCUGAGGAUGAUGAAGAGACUAUAGAACAAGAAGAAAAAUUCGCCUCAGAGGGACAACAAAUUUCUAAGAUAUCUCCAACUGUCGAGCUUGCAGAGUUAGAAGCUGAUGCUAAUUGUCCCUUAGAGGAUCUUUUGCCUCCAGGAUAUCUCGAUUUCCUUCAGUCAUGUUCUGCUGAAAGACAGGAUCUGUUGGACAGUGAACUUAAAGAUCAUCGAUGGCCAACGGAGAAUAGUAAAGAAACUAGUAGCACCCAGAUAACAUAUUUUCCUCUAACGCUGAAUAAAUGUAAGCUCCUAGAAGAAACUCAAAAUGAAGUCGAUAUAUCUAAUUCUGAAAAUAAAGAAACUGAUAUCCUUAAAUUGGAAUCAAACACGCCAGUCGAAGAUUCCAUAAAAAACACCAUUUCUCGUGACGAGGGGAAGGGUGAUUCUGGGGCAUUUUUAAGUGCAUUUGAUAUAGGGUCAAAUUCACAAUCACUAUCAGUUGGCGAGAAUGAAAUUACCGAUAGUGAAACAGACGAAGAAUACUCUGAUGCAAAUGAAUUUUCCUCAGUUAAAAGCAAUUCUGAAUCGUCUUUAAUAGAACUUGUGGAGCUUGAGACCAACAAUAAUACAUCCGAAACUGAGCAUGAAACUAACAAGAUACCCGCUAACAGUAACUCUGUUGAAGCACAACAGUCUUACCAAACGUUUGCAGGUGGGGAGAAUAUUGAGUCUGUUACCAAUGAAGCUCUAACUACUUCUUCAGAAGUCGGUUUGACCACCAUAUCACCUCCAUUUCUUCUCUCCGGGGGAACCCUUCGGGAGUACCAAUUAGUUGGUUUGUCGUGGCUAGUCGCCAUUUAUGAUAAGCGUUUAAAUGGAAUCCUUGCUGAUGAGAUGGGUUUAGGCAAAACCAUUCAAACGAUUUCAUUGCUGGCUUAUCUUGCUUGCGAGCGAGGUGUGUGGGGUCCACAUUUGAUUGUCGUUCCAACAAGUGUCAUCCUUAAUUGGGAAGUAGAAUUCAAGCGCUGGUGUCCAGCUUUCAAAAUACUAACGUACUUUGGUAGCAUGAAAGAAAGAAAGCACAAAAGAAAGGGUUGGACAAAGACAAAUGCUUUUCAUGUUUGUAUCACUUCGUACAGAUUGGCGAUUCAGGACGCAACUGCUUUCAAACGUAAAAAGUGGAAAUAUCUUAUUUUAGACGAGGCUCAAAACAUUAAAAAUUUCAAAUCUCAGCGUUGGCAAACUCUACUUACCUUCAAUAGUCAGCGGCGUUUGCUCCUUACUGGUACACCGUUACAAAAUUCAUUGAUGGAACUUUGGUCUCUAAUGCAUUUCUUGAUGCCAAAUAUAUUCCAAUCUCAUCGAGAUUUUCAAGAAUGGUUCGCGUCACCUAUCACAGGGAUGAUCGAAGGAAACACUGAUCAUAAUGACCUUCUCGUUCAAAGGUUGCAUAAAGUCCUGCGUCCUUUUUUACUACGACGCCUCAAAGCAGAUGUUGAACGUCAACUUCCUAAGAAGUUUGAACAUGUUAUUAUGUGCAGACUAUCACGAAGACAGCGAUUUUUAUAUGAUGAUUUUAUGUCUCUUGGGAGCACACAAGAAACACUGAAAUCGGGUCAGUUUCUGUCGGUUAUGAAUAUACUCAUGCAAUUGCGCAAAGUUUGCAACCAUCCCAAUCUGUUUGAAACCAGACCUAUAAUAUCACCUUUCCGGGUCCCUAACUCAUAUGUUACAUAUUCUCUUCCAAGACUAAUCCUUUCCAUGAGUCAUCCUUUCUUGGUUUUUGCUCCGAGUUCUAAUGGUGGUCGAAGCAUUAUUGGAUCUGCUUCUGCUUUUACUGAACCUGAUUUGGAUUGGCUGGAUCCGGCAGGAUCGGUUGCUCGCCUUCUAGGACAGACAAUGAACUUAGCAGAAAUGGCUCGUGAUUUAUCCGGCUUUGUUGCUCGUCGCUGCUAUCAGUUAUGUGCGAGGGAGAAUUUGAUUACCGUUAUUGACUCAAACGAUGUAAUAGAUGAUGUUACUUCGCAACGAAUUCAAUUUAACGCGUUAAAGAAAUCUCACAAAACUUUUGAUGAAUAUUCAGGUCAGAAACCCUUUUUCGAUUCAAAGUACAUGACUGCUGAUUACACUGAUGGGUAUUAUCCUGCACUUUCACCUCCUGCUACUAUUGAACCUACUAUCGUCAAAGCUGAUCUGCCGAAAAAUCCUUGGAAUAUUGGUAUGCCUAAGUCAUGCUUACGUCUCCGUUUUGCUGAACGGCAAAAUAGAUUGCUGUUAAUGAGUCGUGUUAAUGAACGUCGUUGUAAUAUAACUUUUAAUUCACAUUCAAAUGAUAUUGGGAUGGAUUGGGAUCAUGGAACGCACAUCGGACCUGACCUUGUUUUACUUAUCAGUCGUUUGCUACAUGAGAAGUCUGUCACAUAUGAUCGUAGAAGUGCUCGUACUUAUCCAGGUCUCAUUAAUGGCGCAACCUGUUGUCAAUUGAGCUUGUAUACGUGGCCCGUCAGAAACUGUUCAUUUACUAGUAAUGAAAGUUCUAGAGUUGAUAAAGCAUCAUGUUUUGAAAUCAGUUCUCAAACAUUAGAUCUGUCAACUUUGAGAUCUCUCGGUCCUCGGGAUGCAAUCUGGUCUCGUGUGCCUCGUCCUCUUCGCAAAAUGUUGCAUAGUCCUUGUGAUUAUUUAAAUGAUUUACGCGAAGUUCUUAAAAGGUUCGUUUUUGUAGUGCCUGCUGUCAUAUCAUCGGGCUUUAUGCUUCAAGUUUCCAGUCAUGCUCUGGAGCACCAAGUUAUCAAUCAAGAAAGUCGCAUCCGAGAUAUGCUAUUAAUUUCGGGAUGUUUACCUCCUGCAUGUCUUCCAGAGAAUUCAUGUGAAUAUCGAAGAUCCACUAAUCGUCUACCACCAUUAAGUCCUCAGAUUUGGUUAAUGCCAUCAAAGUUACACCAGUUGGUUAUGUCCUGCCGCAUUCAGUUCCCUGACCCACGAUUGAUUCAGUACGACUGUGGAAAACUGCAACGACUGAAUGGUAUGUUACGUGAACUCAAGUCUGGAAAUCAUCGUGUCCUUAUUUUUACACAGAUGGCACGAAUGCUAGAUAUUUUGGAGCAGUUUUUAGCAUAUCAUGGGCAUCGGUAUUUGCGACUGGAUGGCACAACAAAAGUCGAACAGCGUCAAGUUUUAAUGGAACGCUUCAACCAGGAUACCCAGAUCUUUGUCUUCAUAUUGUCAACUCGUUCUGGUGGUUUAGGCGUGAACUUAACAGGGGCUGACACAGUGAUAUUUUACGACUCCGAUUGGAAUCCUACAAUGGAUGCUCAAGCACAGGACAGGUGCCACCGAAUCGGACAAACGCGUGAUGUACAUAUCUACCGACUUAUAAGUGAAAGAACAGUGGAAGAAAAUAUUUUGCGCAAAGCUAAUCAAAAACGUUUCCUAAGUGAUGUAGCAAUCGAAGGUGGCAAGUUUACGACAGCCUUCUUCAAGCAAAACACCAUAACAGAAUUAUUUGCAGAACCGUCAGGACUUCAGGACUUAGCGAAAAUAAAAGAUUUAUCUGCUGCUGAAUCUUCAUCGUCUUCACAAUUUGAAAAGCCAUUCACGGAUUCUGGAAGUUCAGUUCAACCUGAUGAUAAGGUCAUAGUAACUCGUAGUGGAAGACAAAUACGUCCGACAAAUGUUUCCGUGUUAGCAGCUCUCACUCCUUCACAAGAUGUUAACCACACUGAGUCAGUAGAACCUGCGUUAAAUGCGGAAGCACAGUUGGAGGCAUUGCUUGAUGCAUGUGAAGAAGAAAGCGAUCGUAUUGCUGCUCGGCGUGCAUUGGAUGAAGCGAAAGCAGAUCUGGCUGAGUUUGAAGAAAAGUCACCUAAUGAUGAUAACGGUGUUGACCCUACCAAUUCUAGCCAUAACGACGGUUCAAGUAUUCCACCAGUCAAUGAGAUCGAUCCUCUGUCGCGGCUACGCGUCAGUCGUCAGCGUUGUGAAAACCAAAAUAUGGAAGAAGAACAUGUAAUUGGUAGUACGUCAGAAACUAUUGAAGAAGUUGUUGAACGUGAGCUGAUCGGGUUCGAAUCACAGCUAAAGCCUGUAGAACGGUUUGGAGUCCGACAAGUUGAAGAGCAAAGAGAACAAAUGCUGAACGAACAAUUGGAUAUGGCUGAUGCGGAACUAAUAGAGUCUGAAAAAGUAUGGCGUCUAGAAAAGCUUAAAGCUUUGCAUGAAGCAGAUGAGCAGCGCGCUGAAUUAGAGGAUGACGAUAUGUUUUAUUGUUGCGGGAAAUACGACCCUUCUAGUCAACUUGCAGAACUGGAACGUUUAGAGCGGAUCCAAAUGGAGGACGUCGAUGAUACAGAUGCGUCACUCAAUAUUUUGGAUUCUGGUCAAGUAUUUUCUAGUGGGCGUUCGAAGUAUCCCAGGAAAAGACCGUACGACUUAUGUUUAUUCACACAGAGGAUCACCACAUCUCAGACUAAUUCAUCAACAAAAAAGUCUUCCAAAGCCUCUAGUACAGAUAAAGUGUAUAAGCGACCAAAACUAGAUAUGAAAAAGCGUCUGGAGAGUGUAAGUAGUUUUUUCCAAGUAAAUCCUUUGUUUCUUAAGCGUUUAGUGGUUAUUAGACCACUGCCUGUUACUUCAUCCUAGGCAGUAGCUUAUAUGCAAUUUAAUUUUUGUAUUUUACACUGUGAAACUUUGACGUUAUAUUGAAUGCUUCAAAUAAUUUUAAAUACUUAAUUUUGUCUAGCGAACGUAAAGUAUUUUUUAAUUUUUCACAGUAUUUCUUCACGGAUGAUAGUGCCAUGUUUCCUUUGUUGACCUAUAAUUUAGUCUGAAGAUCUGACAGUUUUGUAUUUCUUUUCAUUUUAGAACAAGAUCGUGUUUGAUGAUGAAGAAGCUGCAUUGAAGGCAAAUCAUGAUGGUAAAGGAAGUAAAAACAAGACUCAUCCCUUACAGACUGAUACCGUCAAAAGUCAAAUGGACACAUUUGUAGAAAAGUUGCAUUUUCCGCCAGUGGUUCCCAACAGAAAGUUUCAAAAUCCUGAUGCUCCUCAGAGUAGCAAUCAUUAUGCCAGACCCAAUAGUACUUGGGAUAAAACAGAUGUCAUACGACAGGAUGCAUCCCCAAGUAAGAUAGAAUAUACUAUACCUCACCAGUCAUACCAUGGGCGUAGACCACCUGAUGGAGGUGGACAUUACCUCGAUUCCUGUGGGUCAGAGCAUGCUAGGAACCAAUCUCGACAAUCCCUAGGAUAUUUGCUAUCCCAGAAGAGAACUGAUAGUUCAGUUAUAAAACCCAAUAUUCCUGAUAAAAUGCUGCGUUUUGAUGCACCUAAUCCUGCCAUUUCUUCUUAUCACUACAACCCUGAAAAUGUGGUUCAUGAGGAGGUCGUUGAAGCCAGUAAUUCUAAUGAGUUGUCUUCAAGUCAAAAGUCCAGCUACUCUCUAUCAGAUAUGGAAUACAAUGUUCCGAUAGGUAGCUCCUCUGAACGGAUACCCUCCUCUAUUGCUGUGAGUUCAUCGUUUUUGUUACUUAGUUACAAUCACCUACUCAACCCAAUUCCAGCUAAUUCUGUUAUUCACGAGGAAUAAUGUCAUAGAUAUACUGACUAAUUAGUGUACGGAAACAACCUAACAUCUGAUACAUUUUUGUAUCCAUUCAACUUACUAUAUGUUGAGUGAGGAGUAAAAGGAAACAAACAUCAGGAAAAACCAGUGUAACAAAACAAUGUUAAGUAUUUAACGCUAAUUAAAGCUGUCUACGUAAAUUCACAGUCGUGAAAGGGCUUAUGAGAAUAGUUGUCAUCAGAAUUAAUGAUAACUAGUGAUGUCGGCUAGGGAUGCUCACUGUCAUCGUUCCUGUUUCAUUUUGUUAUCAAUGCAAUAACGUGAAUGUUCCCAGCUAACUUCGAUUUUACAGGGAUUGAUCUACUCCCUCGAGGUCAAUUGGUCGAUUUGAGGUACGCAGUUGAUAUUAUUCCGUUACGUGAAGAUGCUGACAAAAUCACACCUUAAGCAGAAAUGCCUAUGUUUGGCAUGCAUUUCGUAUUUGUCAGAUGUAAGACAGUGCUUCAUGACAGGCCUACAACUACUUCCAGUUUAAGGAUAGGGAGUGAAGUGGUUGAAUGGGUUGGGUUGGGUUGACCACUUUACCUACUUGAGGAGUUGCAUUAGGCCAAAUGUGUGAACCUUCAGCUACUUAGGUGGAUUGUAAAUAUGUUGCCCAUGUCGAAGUGCCUCUCACACUGUACAGCCCCAUUUUAAGUUUGGAUUGGGUCGAGUGCAUGCUAAGGUUCGUCGGACUAAGACGAAGCGCCAGUUGAUCAAGUCUGAGUGGCAUAUGGAAGUGUAGACUUGGAGUCUUCAAGAUAAUAGGAAGGAAGGCUUGGAAACUCUCUCUGACGUGUUUGAAAUUUAAUCACUCUUUACCAUCUUCGAGUGCUCGAACAUUUUCACUCAUCUUUAUUUCUCCUCCCGUACUCUGUUGUCUAUUUUGAUAUCAAUACUAUUCUACCUUUUUGUUCUUUGUUGUUGUGACAAUUCGAACCGAUGAACGUUUGUGUGAGGUUCUGCGUUGAUUUCAGCUCACUGUCUUGACAUGCACAAGUAGCAAAUAUCUCAACCGAUUCAAUCAAUGGAGGUUCAUUUAUUCACUAAUUAAUUUACCGUGGUCUACGUUACUUCAUUUGUAAGCAGCUUUACUCUCACAGUGGUUGUCAUACACGAGGGGUAUUUCUGUAACUGUACUCGUAUUCUUCGCAGGUUUUACAAUGAUCAGACUUCGCAAUAGUUGUAGUGCAACACAGCGCAGCAUAUUCCACCCUACAUAUGUGAUUAGAAAUGGUACGGACACUGUAAUACUUUGGUCUAUAUCUUAUGAAACGGUGACACAAUAUAAGCACUUACCGUCGAUGUAGUCAGAUGACGAAAUUCUUCUCGGGCUAUUCCACUUUGUAGAUUAUUUAUGAUAUGCGGUGUUUAAACUUUCGUUAAACAGUUUGCGUUACCGAAUAUUUGACUAGCUUAUUUGAUUUAGCAUGUAGUGAAAUUAAUUUAAUGUGGAAUUGUACUCUACCACAAUGCUCACGUCAGUGAUUCAAAUUAUUGAUAUAGAACAGCAUCACGAAAUAAGAUCCUAGUGUUUAUCCAUCCUAUAACUUAUGUUUUUCUUAGGGUGUAGCAGGAGUUUCACCCAGGUGCAUGCAGUUCCCACUUCACUGGAUAAAGGCUUAAACUUUUAUCAGUUUACUUUUUGUAAAAUAAUAACCGUGGACUUACGUACCGAUAAUUCGCCUUACAUGAUACAUUAACAACGGACAUAGUCUCUCAUCAUUUGAGGUGAUAGAAAACAUUUGUGAAUCAUAGGAAUGAAUUUAGUGGUUUUCUGAUGUUAGUGAUUAUGAUACUGAAAAAUUCACGAUGAAGCCAUCCAGCUUGGAGAACACAACACAAAAAUCAGUCACCCUGCUUUACAGUAUAUAAUCUGAUCAACCAGCUUGCUUUGACGGUGGAUCCUAAAGGAUUCUUUUUAUAAGUAAACCCACUUACUGACUACAGUUAAGUUAGAACAUCUUUCCUACCUCAUCAUAUUUGUGUUUGUUUGUCAUGCAGGGUUCGGAACCAUCCUCUGUAACAACUGGUACGUUAUGUGGUGCAAGAAGUUUCGUACCGAUAAAUACCACUCCACCCAUACUGCAUCUACGAACUAAAUACCAAACACCACCCAGUAUACCGUUUCGUUUGUUGAGCCCAACAGCUCCCUGUAUUCAGCAUCCUCCGGAACCUGUGAUUCCCGUUCAAUCCAUUCCUGAUGGAAGCCAUAUAAAUUUAACAGCAAAGCAAGUAUUAGUCCCAACGGGUCAACCAGUAUUUGUAAUUACUCGUCAGAUGAAGACACCUACAGGUGAGGUAUAUCAACAACGAUUCACCCAUCCAGUUAUACCACCGCCACAAUUUGCGCGAAUGGUUUGUCGAUUGCAAAAGCCCUCAGACAUUUCUCACGCCUCUACACCCUAUGAAACAAAUCGAGUUCGACAACCUGAACCAACAGCUGAAUCUACAGUUGCAUGUCCGUCAUCACUAAUCAGCAAUCCAGUUCCUGUGGGCAUAGUUAUGAAACCAACCUCUACAGUCACAAACACACAAAGUCCAUCACCUGAUUCAGGAUUACGGAAUACGAUAACAACUGUUAAACACUUCACUCAGCUCCCUCGACCUUCAGUUAAUGGCAUUAGGUGCGGGACAAGCAUUCCUGUGAUAAGAAUGAUUAACUGUGACGCCAACAAGACAACUCCCAUUAUACGGUUGAUUAAUCCGGAAGCGAAUUACAUAAACAAUGAUAUGGUUAAUCAACCCAACCCUCAACCCGCACCAACAUUGCCCGUACCCUCUAAUGCUAUUCGAGUUGGAAACGCUGUACGACUCAUGCCCAACCACAUAUCCAGUGCCAAUGCGCAGGUGAUUAAGUUACAAAGAGUGGUGUCCAACUUAACGUGUUCUAAAGAUACCUGAUCUGUUAAUCAGUCAGUAAAUUAGUCUGCGAUGUACAUAAGCUAAUUGAAAUACUGUAUUUAAAUUGUACAAUAUUGUAUAGUUAUUUUAUGAGAUAUUUGUCCAUAAUAAAAUCUUAGGUUACUGC